CCCACAUGCAAACACAGAACCUGUGUUUGUGUCAGAUCUCACGACUUCUCCAAUCAGAUUGUUAUCACAUCACUUAAAAGUGUGUCAGUGAGUUUUUUGAUACAGUUUUAUAUCACAUAUAUAAGUUAUUUCAUUGCCGGUGGUAACAGUGGCCUUGAUGACGCUGAUACUUCAGGAGAACGAAAGCCUCAAGGCUAAGUGUGCACCGGUUCACCGCACGGCAUUCUGGUCGUUGUAGUCCGUUUUUGCACUUCUUCGAUUGUUACCACUGCAGAGGGUAGACAUGACUGCGACCAUGAUGUCUUCGGGCAGCACCAUCCUGCAGACGUCUGAAAAUGAUAACGGAGGAAACAAGAGGAUACCGUGUCCGCUGCACGGCUGUAAGCGGGUGUACGCAGACAAGAGCGCUCUUGAGAGCCACAUCCAGGACCAUGAGAUCCCGGCGCAGUCUCUUCCUGGUAAAGUGUUGAUGUGCUCCACCGUUGGCUGCAGUGGCUCCUUCCCAAACAUGCAGAAACUGAUGGAACAUAUGAGACAUCAUCACAAACCCAACUUAUUUUUCCAGUGUGAGAGCUGUCGCACCAAGUUGCGGUCCUAUCGUGGCCUCCUGACUCACCUGCACACCUGCUCCAAGGUACCACGGAGCAGAACAAAGCCUCCUGAACUGACACUCCCUUCGCCUGCUGCUGGGAACCACCCAAACGUGACCGCCACGGCCAUGGAUCAGCAACCCCCACAGCUUGAAUCAGUGUCUGCAGCCCAGCAACUACCUUCUCAAAUGCCAAACCAAGAUGGAUCCUUUCCCACUGCAGUUCCACAGCCAGACUCUGCUGGACCCCCUCUGCUCGGUCCACCCAUCUUGCCCCUCCCUGAGGCUUUCCCUCCUCAGCUUGCUCCCCCACAACUCACUGAGGCAACUCACCAGCCUCUGCUCAGGAAUGAAGCCUCUAAUCUGCCAUCCUCCCUAAACCUGGAUGGUCCAAAAGCAGCAUCUGACCGCCCUGAUGCCCAGGGUCUGCAGCAAACACAGAGCAGGUCUCAUGAGUCUGUCCACCCUGCUUCAGGAUCAGCACCUCACUCUCCUCCUGGGUCAACAGCUGUCUGGAAGAAGAAUCAAGGUAUAUCCUGCAACAGACGCAUCCUGUGGGAGCACACCAGAGGGCGCUACACCUGUGUGCAGUGUGGACACACUGUAACCAACCGCAAGGAAAUGACUCAACACAUCAACAGUCAACACAGUGGUAGCAAAGCUGCAGAAGACACAACAAACUCUGCCAAUAACACAUAAUGUGGAAACGCUCAUUUUCUGUGUCUGUCGAGGUUUUAGACAAACUGAACACUGUUUAUGUCCAGUAUGCUUUUACUAUGAAGCGCCUGCAUGAGUGAAGUCGAUGUAUAAAGUGAUGAUGUGAAUUUUUUCUGGAAAAAAAAAACGUUUUAAUUAGCAGAUUGCUGGGUCACAAACAAUGUGCUGUAGAGUUGCUGUCAUUUAUUCUGGGGAUACUUGACUGAAGGUUGUUGCCAUCAGAUGUUUUGAACUACACAACAUUGCAGCACCUGAAUUGCUGGUGAAGAUUUGGCUAUUAGUGACACAUUUGUAGAUCAUAAACAUUUGAUGCUCUCUUUCUCAAUUAACUACAACACAGAGAUCAACACUGAUCAGACAUAAAUCAUUGUGCAGUGUUGUUUGUUACAGAUAGGAUGGAAAAGCAAACUUGACUGAUGUAUUUACUGUGUGUGUAUUACACAGACAUUGUUACUCCUUCACAUGAUUUGCUUUAUUAACCUUUUCUCCGAUUUUGUAUCAGACCAAUCACAGGAUACAGCUGCUGUUAUUCUACAGUUUGUCAACUAAUCCAAUAAAAGAGCUAAACCAGCAAA